GGUGGCUUCCCUUUAAGAUAACCUCAUUUUUAUGUAAGAUAAAGAAUCUAAAAUUAAUAUUAUUUAAUAUUAGUUUAGAGAAUGGCAGAAGAGAUAACGUGUACUUCAUAUCACCUGUUUAAUAUUAAGUGAAGUUAUUUUGUUUUAAAACCAAUUUUACAUCAAAAUCAUCAUGAGUCACAAAGAUAGUGAAAGAGGUGUUCGAUAUUUUAACGAUAAAAUAGGACGAACUCAGUCCUCAUUAAGUGUAUCUGCUGUAGACAACAGAUUUUCAGUACCUACUCGUAGUUCACCCUCUUCUGCAGUCUCCACUGUAACUUUAACUCCUGGACGAAUUCGUAAUAUAGAUCAGGAUAUGGAAGCAUUACGAGCGUCAAGGCAAGAUAACCCAUUUUUAAAGCAAAUUAUAGCCAGUCGGGAAAGUUUGGUAGAAUCAUUAGAAGAAACUGAGUCAGAUGACAUCAACUUAAUGUCUAAGGAGUUUCCUACUGAUCUUGAUGUUGAUCCCCUUUCUCUUCAAGAAACGCAUGAGCACAUGAUUCGUAGUCCUCCUCCCAUAUAUUGGCCAAAAUCACCUACUUUUCAGGCCUUCCAGUUUCCAGAGAAGGAUGAAGAGUUGCUUCAAGUAGAAUUUAAUUCCAAGUCAAAGUCACCAAAGUCUGACAAACCAAAGAAGCAUACAAGCUGGAGUGGUGCAGAACUGUCUUCUGUGCCACGUCCCCAUCCUCAUCAUUUUCGUCAUUCUGAUAGAUUUUCAUUAUUAUCUCCACAUUCAUUAUUAUCAACAUCAGAAGAUAGCGUGGGAUUAAUGUCUUUGGAGGAUUCAUAACUUGUUUAUUUUCUACCAUUUCAAGUUUAAUUCAGUUCCAGUAGUAGUUUUUCCUAUUAAUGUUUCAUGUGAUAAUUUUCUAGUCAGUACAAAUAGAUUAAUUAUGUAAUUUUAAAGCCAAGGUGUGAUAUUUUUUAGUGAUGAUAUUUUUAAAGCUUAAGAUAACUGCAUCAGGCUGUAGCAACGUUUAACAUUAAAGUCAUUACGUAUUUUGAUGUAAUAAAUUAAAAUCUUGAUGAGUACAUUAAAAGGUAAAUAUACCUACUUUAGGUAUUUUAUAAAUAUUUAUUCCAGGAAGCUGUUUUAUCUGUUUGUAAUAAAAUUAGUACCUGCCUGCUGGUGAUGUUAUCUUAAAAGCACUUUUGAUUAUAUAUUAUUAGUUUAAUUACUUUAAAUUUGACUUUUUUCAAAGGGCAUGAAUUAUAUUCCAGUUGUAUGUAAGUAGUAUUGUAGAAUCUGUCACUUAAGGAUUGCUGUUGUAUGAAAUUAUUUAUUGUUGUUGCUUAAUAAGCACAUUUAAUAUGCACACAAUUUUAGGCAAAUUUAUCCUUUGAUUAAGGUCUUAUUAAAUUUCAAAUCAAAAGCCACAAAGGUUUUUAAAUUUGAUCGUAGAUGAUGUAAUUAGUCAAAUUUAAAUAAAAAACCUUAAUGGCUUUAGAUAUGCAAUUUAUAAGAAUAUCAGGAGAAGAAUAGUAACUAAUAAUUAAGGUCUUUUGGUUGAGUACAGUGUAAGAAUUUUUUUCCAUCCAAAGAAAUUUUUGUAUUCAUAUAAACAUUAUUUUUAAAGAGAAUGCAUACAUUCCAAAUUAAGUAUUCAACAUUUAAAGUGAUGGAAAAAGAAGCUUUAAAGGAAGAAGAAAUGAUAACUAAUGUACUUAAUUUUUUUCUACUAGAAAAUCGAAUGGAGUACAGUGGACCUAAACUAAAUAAAACACUAGAACUCAAAGAUUUCACGUACAUUUUUGGAUUCUAGUUCUUUAUUUAAUUUUCUGCUAAUGUUAUUUCAUCCCCAUAAAUUAUUUUAAAGAAUAUGUCAAUGAUGUACAAGUCUAUAUUGGUGGCUGUUUCUGAACGUUUAUAAAAAUGUUUUUUUUUCGUUUAUCGUCAAAAAUAAUAAACAACAGGGUAAAGAAUAUAUAUGAACACGUUUUUCAAAGGAAAUUUAGGUACUUGUGAGAAAAAUGAUAUAAAGGUAUCAUAUUUUACAUUUAAAAGAUAUAAAAAAAUUAUUUUAAAAGUUUAUGUACGUUGCUAGA